AUGGCGCCAUACGCGGAGGAUAACUUCGUUUCCAGUACGGUGCCGACGAAGAAAGCAGUCGAAUAUAUCCCGCCUCUCUACCGAAAUAUCGAUGUGCAGGCGUUUAAAGAUGCUGCUAAGGAGUAUCUUGCCUGGAUUGGCAUUCCGUUCCAAGAUGGGAUCAUAACCGGUUCCAAAGGCCUCUACUGCUAUACCGCCGACGGCCGCGAAAUCCUGGACUGGACAUCCGGACAGAUGUCUUGCCUGAUUGGCCAUGGGAACCCGGAGAUCGUGUCCGUCAUUAACGAGUACGCCAACAACCUCGACCAUCUCUUCAGUGGCAUGAUUUCUCCCCCGGUCAUCAGCCUGGCCCAGCGUCUCGCCAGCGUUCUCGCGAAGCCCCUCUCUAAGACGCUAUUCCUCUCGACCGGGGGAGAGUCGAACGAGGCGGCGAUCAAAAUGGCAAAAAUAUACACCGGGAAGUUUGAGAUUGUUGGGCUUGGUGCAUCGUGGCACGGGCUGACGGCUCAAGCACUGUCAUCGCAAUACUUCCACGGCCGUCGAGGGCAGGGUCCUCUGAUGCCCGGAACAUAUCAGCUACCUGCCCCGAAUGCUUAUCGGUCGAUUUUCCGGAACCCUGACGGCAGCUAUGACUGGGAGACCGAACUGAACUAUGGCUGGGAGAUGAUCGACCGGGCAUCGUGUGGGUCUCUCGCUGCGUGUAUCGUAGAAUGCAUUCAGUCCGCCGGGGGGAUGCAUGUUUUACCGGCGGGGUAUCUGACCGCAUUGAAGAAGCAUUGCGAGAAGCGAGGUAUGCUACUUAUUAUCGACGAAGCCCAGACGGGAGUGGGUCGUACUGGCGAUAUGUUUGCCUUUAACCACGAAGGUGUGGUUCCGGACAUCCUAACCCUGAGUAAGACUCUCGGUAAUGGGAUUCCACUCAGUGCAGUGGUGACGACCCCGGAGAUCGACCGCGUGUGUAGGGAGCGGGAUUUCAUCUUUGUCACCACGCACGUGAACGACCCGCUGCCCGCCGCGGUGGGCGACAAAGUACUCGAGAUUGUGCUCCGGGAUAACUUAGUGGAAAACUCCCGUGUCCUAGGUCUCUAUCUCCAGGAGGGAUUGAAGAAGCUACAAUCACGUUAUGGCUGCGUGGGCGACAUCCGCGGCCGUGGGCUGAUGGCCGGGAUGGAGAUUGUGGGUGACCCAGUCACCAAGGCGCCGUCGCCGAAGCUGGCGCAGGCGCUGGCGGACAAGGUGUACGAGCUUGGACUGUGGGCGAACCUCAGCAGCCAACCUAUCUCUGGGGGAGCGUUCAGGAUCGCACCACCGAUCACGACGACGCGAGAGCAGAUUGAUGAGGGCCUAGAGAUUCUAGAGAAGGCGCUGGCGGCGACGGAAGGGUCUCUGCCGCUGUACUGA